AUGUCAGCUUUGCGUGCUGGGUCUCAGCACAUGCGCUGCUUUCUUCAGCUUGCGCGGGCGCAGAUUCCAAAGGCCCAAUGGCAGCCAUUGACCUUCUCCAAGGUCAACGCGAGACCGCUGACCACGGCCGGAGAGACGUCAAAGAUCGAAACGGAAGCUACCGAUGAAGCUGUCGUCCAGCUGCAGAACGAAAUCAAGGCCCUCGAGCUUAGCCAGGAGGCCUCCAGCUCCUCAAGCAAGGGACUUGUUCCACCCCCCGAGAAGCCUCUUGAUGGCGUCGUCCACGUUCGCGCCUUUCCCGCCUCGCCUUCCUACUUCACUCGUCAACCUCGAUUCAACGACGCUCUAGUAGAGCUCACGGCUCUCUUCGAAAGAUACCAGAAGCUGCCGACCUUGCCGCCGGACGAAGUUCCCCCGCAACUAUGGAAGACUUUGGAUGGCUACAGGCUGUACACGGGCGAGCCCGUCAAGGCGCUCCCGUACAGCAAGGUGCUCCACAUGGUCAAGCGUCUGCAUCAGAUCCACCCGAAGAUCAUGCCAGGGGAGGUCAAGAAGGUCCUCGAGGGCUUCAAGCGCGACAUCAACCCUUUCCUCAAUGUUGCCAAGGAGAUCAAGCUUGACAAAUUCGGCAGGGCGCUUGGUGUUGGCCGGAGAAAAGAGUCCACAGCCCGUGCCUGGGUGAUUGAGGGGACAGGCGAGGUGCAAAUCAAUGGCAAACCGCUUAGCCAGGCUUUCGGUCGCAUUCACGACCGCGAGAGCGUUGUUUGGGCGCUUAAGAGUACGGAAAGGAUAGACAAGUAUAAUGUGUGGGCUCUCGUUGAGGGUGGUGGCACCACCGGACAGGCAGAAGCCUUGACACUGGCCAUUUCCAAAGCUCUCAUGGCUCAUGAGCCAGCUCUGAAGCCAACUCUUCGCGCAGCUGGAUGUAUUACGAGAGACAAGAGGGUGGUGGAGAGGAAGAAACACGGCCACGUCAAGGCACGGAAGAUGCCUGCCUGGGUCAAGCGUUAA